AAUUUGAUGAGCGAGCCGGGAAAGGCUACGGAUGCCGGGAAGGGGAGAACUGGGAGAUUACCUCGAGCUGGAGAGUUCCAUGGCUGAAAGUAGGCUCCGGGCUCCAGACCUAGGAGUUUCCAGUUGCCUGGAAAAAUGCCACAGGAGCUCACCAGGUGCUGGGAGGCAGCCCUUUUCCGGAAAGUCCUUUUACUUGGAUCUGCCUGCUGGCAAGAAUCUCCAGUUUUUGACAGAGGCUAUUCAGCAUCUGGGUGGGGUAAUUGAGGGUUUUCUGAGCAAAGAAAUAAGUUACAUCGUGUCCAGCCGCAGAGAAGCAAAAGCAGAGAGUGGUGGGACAAGCCACAGAGCCUGCCCCAGCCCUAGCCCCAGUGAAGUCAGAGUGGAACCAUCAGCCAUAGCCCAUCCAAGAGGCAGCCACACCAGGCCUUCACAAAAAUCUGUAGACUUGGUGCCUAUGAGCAGAGGGAAGGAGCUGCUACAGAAGGCCAUCAGGACCCAGGGGAGCAGCAGUGGAGGAGGUAGUGGGAGCAGCGGCAACCUCCUGACCAACGCCCGCUCCUGGGGAGUGAGGAUUCUACACGUGGACGAAAUGAUGAUGCACGUGCAGCAGCUGUCUCUUGGUCCUUUAUGUGUGAAGAAACAAAAGCCGAAGAAACCAGAGGGAACAUGUCCAGCAGCAGAGUCAAGAACACGGAAAGUGGCCAGACUGAAGGCACCAUUCCUCAAAAUCGAAGAUGAGAGCAGGAAGUUUCGUCCUUUCCAUCAUCAGUUUAAAUCCUUUCCUGAAAUUUCUUUUCUGGGACCCAAAGAUGCAAGUCCCUUCGAGGCCCUGACGACCCGAGGCAGCGCACACCAUACCAGAGAACCCAAGGACCGAGAGCCAAGCCUGCGAUCAGCCGCCCGCACCGUGCCCAGGAGGAAGAAAGGGUACUGCGAGUGCUGCCAAGAGGCCUUUGAGGAGCUCCAUGUGCAUCUUCAGAGCGCCCGGCACCGGGGCUUUGCCCUGGAAGCCCAUCCAUAUGCAGAAGUUGAUCGGAUCAUCGCCCAGCUCAGCCACAGCUUCCAGGCCAGCCUCCCCAGGCGGUCAGGUUCCCCAGCUUCUGAUUGUGACUCUCUCCAUCCUGAGACUCUACCCGCCAGCCAGCCCUCCCAUCCCGGGGCAGCGUCUCCCAGGAUGAAGAGCAAAGACAGCUGCCAGACACCAAGCACCCCAGAGCGGGAGAGGACAGUGGGCAGCAUGAAGGCACCGGCUGAACCUGCAGGGAUGGACAAGGUGCCUGGACAAGCAGCAAGCUGCCAGGAGCUAGGGGGGUCAGUCGAUGUGUUUGUGGACCCCCCAGGGACACCAGUGCCCAGGAGCCCUGCUCACCAGCGCCUCCUGACCAGCUCCAGUUUUACAGACCUCUCUUCUGGCCCAGACCUGGCACUUAUUGGCCACAAGCGAAAGGUUGAGUUCCCCAGUGGCAAUGCCGAGAAGAAACCGGGGGCCUCAUUUUUUGUCCCAAGAGCCCCCAGCCCCUGCGGCACCAGGACAACCAGUGGUGGGCAUCUUCCAUCCCUCUUGCUUCCAAGCCAUGAGUCCAGGCCCCUGGCCUCCCUCCUGACCUUGUGCCACCCACAGACUGGCCUUUCCCUCCCACACUCUUUGCCCUGGCAGCCCACAGACAGACCAGCAGAGUUCUGGGCCACACAGCCUCCCUGGCCUGGGGGAGGCUGGCCCCCAGGGUCUGAGGAUUCUGAGUGCGCAGCCCCUGGCCCUGUAUCCCAGCAGACUGGCCAGCUCCCCAGCUGCCCUGCAGCUCCCAGCCAGCCAUCAGCCCACCUGUACUCAGCUGCCAGCACACAGCCCCAAGGGGGGCCCACAGAGGGUGAAUCUACCUCUCUCCCCCACCCUAUGCCAGCCAGUGGGGGAGACAGCUGCUCCCGGUGGCUCCGGGCCCCCCAGCCUCUCCAAGUGCCCUGCCUCCCUGUCUCCCAGCCGCAGCCCCGACCCCAGCCCAAUGCAGGCAGAGAGCUGUUCCUAUGA